UACUUUCAGCACAACUCUUCGAAGACUUUCUGAACUGCUGGGUGGACUGCCAGCUGCCGAUCUCGCUGUUGACAGUAAAAGCAGAUAUGUUCCUUGCUCACUGCCAUUAGUACUGACCAUGACCCUUCACACCAAAACCUCUGGAGUUACCCUGCUGCACCAGAUUCAAGGCACUGAACUGGAGACACUGAGCAGACCUCAGCUGAAGAUUCCCCUGGAAAGAUCGCUCAGCGACAUGUACGUGGAGACCAACAAGACAGGAGUUUUUAACUACCCAGAAGGAGCCACCUAUGAUUUUGGUACUACGGCUCCCGUCUACAGCUCUACCACGCUCAGUUAUGCCCCUACGUCUGAAUCUUUUGGGUCCAGCAGUCUGGCAGGAUUUCACUCCCUGAACAGUGUCCCGCCAAGCCCGGUGGUGUUCUUGCAAACGGCACCCCAGCUGUCGCCUUUCAUCCAUCAUCACAGCCAACAGGUACCCUAUUACCUUGAAAACGAUCAGGGCAGCUUCGGGAUGAGGGAAGCUGCUCCUCCAGCCUUCUACAGGCCGAGCUCCGACAACAGGCGGCACAGCAUCCGGGAGAGGAUGUCCAGCAGCAGCGAGAAGGGGAGCCUGGCCAUGGAGUCCACCAAGGAGACGCGGUACUGCGCCGUCUGCAACGACUACGCCUCGGGCUACCACUACGGGGUCUGGUCCUGCGAGGGCUGCAAGGCCUUCUUCAAAAGGAGCAUUCAAGGGCACAAUGACUACAUGUGUCCUGCCACUAACCAGUGCACCAUUGACAAGAACAGAAGGAAGAGUUGCCAGGCCUGCCGGCUGAGAAAAUGCUACGAAGUGGGGAUGAUGAAAGGUGGAAUCCGGAAAGACCGCAGAGGUGGGCGAGUGAUGAAACAAAAACGCCAAAGAGAGGAGCAGGAUUCCAGGAAUGGGGAGGCUUCUUCAACAGAGCUGCGAGCUCCCACCCUUUGGACAAGUCCGCUGGUGGUUAAACAUAACAAGAAGAACAGCCCAGCCCUGUCCCUGACGGCAGAACAGAUGGUCAGUGCCUUGCUGGAAGCUGAGCCACCCCUGGUUUAUUCUGAAUAUGACCCAAACAGACCGUUCAAUGAAGCCUCUAUGAUGACCCUGUUGACCAACCUUGCAGACAGAGAAUUGGUGCACAUGAUCAACUGGGCAAAGAGAGUUCCAGGAUUUGUGGAUUUAACACUCCAUGAUCAGGUCCAUCUACUGGAAUGUGCCUGGUUAGAGAUACUGAUGAUCGGCUUAGUCUGGCGCUCCAUGGAACACCCAGGAAAGCUUUUGUUUGCACCUAACCUGUUACUGGACAGGAAUCAAGGGAAAUGUGUAGAGGGCAUGGUGGAAAUUUUUGACAUGCUGCUGGCUACUGCUGCUCGGUUUCGCAUGAUGAACCUUCAAGGGGAGGAAUUCGUGUGCCUUAAGUCCAUCAUCCUGCUCAAUUCUGGUGUGUACACUUUUCUUUCCAGCACCUUGAAAUCUCUGGAAGAGAAAGACUAUAUUCACCGUGUCCUGGACAAAAUCACAGAUACUCUGAUCCACUUAAUGGCUAAGUCAGGUCUUUCUCUGCAGCAGCAACACAGACGACUGGCUCAGCUCCUCCUUAUCCUCUCUCACAUCAGACACAUGAGCAACAAAGGAAUGGAGCACCUGUACAACAUGAAGUGUAAGAACGUAGUUCCACUCUACGAUCUCUUGCUGGAGAUGCUGGACGCUCACCGGCUGCACGCGCCAGCAGCCAGGAGUGCUGCACCCGUGGAGGAGGAGAACAGAGGCCAGCUGACAACUGCAUCAGCUUCAUCUCAUUCCUUGCAGUCUUUCUAUGUAAGCAGCAAAGAAGAGGAAUAUGCAGAAUACAAUAUAAAUGGGAGUCAGCAUAUACAGUGGUAUGGGAAACCCAGCAGUGUUCUACCUAGCUCAUGCUUCAUUUCAUCUACAGUGCCACCUUUGAAAACACUCCAGUGACAACAGACACCGGCAUUUUCCAUAUGAGUGUUUGUCAAGCGCUUGCCUAAAUUGAUUGCUUAUCCUAAAUGGAAGACAUUUCAUUACCAUGGAUAGCCAGGAAGGAUUUUCUGGCAAACUUGAUUUAAAAUUUGCAGUGUUUUAAUUUAAUUUUGCAUCUUAUUUGGGUAACUAAGUCCUCAUCUGAAGCAUACAUUCAUUUUGCUAUAAAUUGAUAGGCCAUACCACCCGUGCAUAUUGGUAUCUUCAUCAGUGGUGGUCUUUGUUAAUAUCCAUCCAAAAUCCUGAGCUCACUUAGUCCUUUAUUUGCUUGAAACUUUGAAACAGUUUGGUAGAGAUUCUGGAUGACUUUUUGGGCAGUGUAAAGAGAAAGUUGACUGGCAUCUUAGUGUGCCAUAGGGAAGCUGCACUGUGAGAGACUGCCUUCGUGAGUAAGAUUCCUGCCUCUUCCUACAGUAUAAAGGAACUGCUGUCUGAGAAUUAUAGUAUUUUACCUUGCUGGCUUACAUCACCAGACAACUCCCUUUCAACCUCAUUCUGACCAAACUUUUAGGUACCUUUACCAUAUCCUCCAGAUGAAUUGCUUUGCAUGCAUGCUAUUUUGUCUGAUCCUAGAAAGCUAAAUAGUUUUGUUGCCCAAGAGUGUAAAUCCAGGGCAACAUGGCAAACAGUGAUAACAUAGAGAAUUACUCUUGAAUCAGACCAGAUGAUUACAAAAAUCAUCAGGUCUUUUAAAAAGGUCUUUACACACAUGCAGGAUCCAGCACUAUUUACAAAAAAUCCCUCCCCUAUCCUGUGCUUUGUUGUGCUACAAAGCAAGGGGUGAGGAUGCUAGUGUGAGACUGGCACGGAAGGAUGGGAUGAUCCCAUCCCACUCAGCAGAGUGUGGUGUAACUGUGUGUGGGAGGGCUAAUAUCGCAGUCAGAGCAGCAGGUUUUUCCUUGCCUUGGCAUUCUUUGGCUCUUGUUGUGGCAUGCUUCAAAAUCACACUGUUAAGUGCCAGCUCACCUGUGACACCAACACUAGGCAAUGAGCCUCGCACAUGGUGCAGACUUUGGGACUGCAUGUCCAAAAAGAUGAAUCUUUCUCCAUGCAUGUCUGUAGCUCCUAAGGAUAUUCAUAAGGAUCAGUUUGAUUCUUCAGACCAACUGUAAAUAUACAAAAGGUCUACUGACAUCAAGAGUUUCAACAAGACGCAAAAGAAACUGAAGAACUCCACAUGAUAUGCUAUCCAAAUUAGGAGUUGGUGCUGCUGUUUGACUGGCUCUGUGCUAGAAAACUAAAUGUCAGGGAACUUUGCUGGGUACUGGAAUGAGAUUAUUACAUAUGCCAGGGUUAUUUUACUAAUGUAAUGAUAAACUUUGCCUGUGCUAUCUGCACUUCUGACUUACAGGUGCAGACUGGGAGUUAGCAUGGGCCAGGGACUAUUCCAACAGCUGGUUGGAAGAAACCACCCUACCAGUGAGGCUGUUUUCCUAGCACAUGUGUAGGCUGCUCCAUAGCAGCUGGCAACAGUGCUAGUGAAAUGGUUCAGGGAUGUUUUUACUAUAGUUGAAACCUUUAUGUUGAUUGGAAUAUCCCGUAGAAACUCAAUAUAGGAAACAGUGCAAGUAAUGCCAUACAGGAGUGCCUAUGUCUAAUCCCUGUCACACAGGCAGAGUCUGUGUGCAGUGAGAUCAAGUUUCACAGCAGUUGUGAAGGCAGCAAGGCAUAGGACAGGUUUGUGCUUCAAGUCAAGCAUUCAGUUCUUUAGUGAAUGUACAUAAUGGUGUCUAUAAUAGUUUAAUGUACAUAUCUGAGGAUAUGAGCAGUUUGAAAGCCUAAAGCUACAUGCUACCAAU